AUGGUCGGGUUGUUCGUUGCGUCGGGUGGUCUGCUCUUCGGUUACGAUACAGGGACGAUCAACGGCAUCCUAGCCAUGGACUCUUUCCGACGUGACUUCACGACCGGACAUUACGAUGACGACGGCAAACCUAAUCUUAUACCGAGCCAAGUGUCUAUUAUCGUGGCAAUUCUCAGUGCCGGUACCUUUGUCGGCUCACUGCUUGCUGCUCCUUCUGGCGACAGAUGGGGUCGUCGCAAAUCACUCAUCGGCUCCGUCGGCGUCUUCAGCUUUGGCGUCAUCUUCCAGGUCUGCGCGACGAAUAUACCGUUGCUCUUGGUUGGGAGAUUCUUUGCUGGCGUUGGAGUAGGCGCUGUAUCCGUUCUGGUCCCUAUGUACCAGUCCGAGAUGGCUCCAAAAUGGAUUCGAGCGUCUGUCGUCAACAUCGUCUGCGAACACAUGAAAGGAGCCGCCGCUUACCGCAUACCUAUGGGUCUGCAACUCACAUGGGCCGCGGUGUUAUCACUCGGCCUACUUAUCCUCCCUGAAACGCCGCGAUACCUCAUCAAACGUGGCUUCAGGGAAGCAGCAGCCAUCUCUUUAAGCCGUCUACGCCGUCUCGAUCGACUACAUCCUGCACUUGUCGAGGAGCUCGCUGAGAUCCAGGCCAACCACGAAUAUGAACUUGCGCUUGGCGCAGAUACUUAUAAGGAUAUCUUCUACGGCUCCCCUCAUCUCGGACGACGAACAUUAACGGGAUGUGUGCUACAAAUGCUACAACAGCUCACUGGUAUCAACUUUAUCAUGUACUACAGCACGACCUUCUUCAAUGGUGCUAACAUCCAAAACCCUUUCCUUAUCUCUCUUAUCGUCAACAUCGUCAAUGUUGUAUCAACCUUACCUGCCUUGCUCGUCAUUGAGCCUUGGGGUAGACGGAAGCUCCUCAUUGUUGGAGCCAUCGGCAUGGCCAUAUGCCAAUUUCUUAUUGCCUCCUUCGCCGCAGCAGUCGGAGAUAAAAUGCCACAGACGGCUAACCAGAUUCUGGUCAUCUUCGUUUCCAUUUACAUUUUCUUCUUUGCCGCUUCAUGGGGUCCUGUCGCUUGGGUUGUCACCUCUGAGAUAUAUCCCCUGAAAGUUCGAGCUAAGUCCAUGUCCAUCUCGACAGCAUCCAACUGGCUUCUCAACUUUGGUAUUUCGUACGGAUCACCGUAUCUAGUGGAGGAGGGCACCGGGUACGCAGAUCUUGGCACCAGCGUCUUCUUUGUCUGGGGAGCCUUCUGCGUGCUUGCCGUCAUCUUUGUCUGGUGUAUGGUGUACGAGACCAGCAAGAUUAGUUUGGAGCAGAUCGAUGAGAUGUACGAGAGGGUGCAGAACUUCUGCGUCUUCGACAUCUUCUGCGUCUACUACGGAUAA